AUGGCCGCCAUGCCCAACUUCCUCAACCGUCUGAUUCGGCCCUUCACAUCUUCCUCCUCGCUAUCUGUAACCCCCGCAGCCAUUUCUCAAGUAUCAAUCCCUGAAUCCGCGCAAAAGUGCACAAUCGCAGCAGGAUGUUUCUGGGGCGUCGAACAUAUGUAUCGCAAAGAAUUUGGCGGAAAGGGUUUAUACGAUGCGAGAGUUGGCUAUAUUGGAGGCGACACAGAUAGUCCUAGUUACAGAUCUGUGUGUUCGGGUCGCACUGGUCAUGCCGAAGCACUCCAGAUCCAUUACGAUCCCUCACAAAUAACCUACCGCCAAUUAUUAACGUACUUCUACCGCAUGCACGACCCCACAACUGCGAACCGACAAGGUCCAGACACAGGCUCGCAAUACCGGUCUGGCAUCUUCUAUCAUAAUGAAGAGCAAGAGAAAGAAGCGCGGGAGGUUACCAAACAGGUUAACGAGAAGUGGUGGAAGGGAGGCGUGGUUACGGAGCUUUUGAAGGCUGGAGAGUGGUGGGAUGCCGAGGUGUAUCAUCAGAAGUAUUUGGAUAAUAACCCGGGCGGAUAUGAAUGUCCGAGUCAUUUUGAGAGAAAAUUCCCGCCAUUGGAGGAUUAG